UUGAAUAGCUGAUAGCGGUUGCGAUCUUCUAGCGUCUGAUUUCGGUUGGCAUUUAAAACAACAAAAACAUGAAUUUUGAUAAUAUUGACAAAACUUUACUUUUUGUUUGAUAUGAAAGCAUUUACAUUUUUUUACGAAUUAUCAAACAAACAGAAUUUCUCUACUUAUUAACAAAUUUAUCUAAUAUUAAAUGAGAAAAUAUGUGAUAAAAUUUAAAAUAGCGGUUAGCAUUUUCAAAACAAACUGAUCUGCAUUGAAACACAUAUAGAUAUAUGUGUUAUCUAGAAGUCAUGAACAUCAAUGUUAAAUGAUAUACCGCUAUGCAAAGUUCUGGAAAAAUAAAAGUAGCAGAUCUCAAUAAUCUUCUCACAUGUGUCAUCUGCAAAGGCUACUACAUUGAUGCAACUACCAUUGUUGAAUGUCUUCAUUCAUUUUGUCGAACUUGCAUUGUACGAUACUUACAAACUGAAAAAUAUUGUCCCAAAUGUGAAGUUCAAGUUCAUAAAACUAGACCAUUGGUUAAUAUAAGAUCAGACCAGACACUCCAAGAUAUCGUUUAUAAACUAGUUCCAAAUUUGUUCAAAAAUGAGAUGAAAAGAAGAAGAGAUUUUUAUUCCCAAUCAAAUAUUGAUAUCAGAAACAUUCCAUCCUCUAGCGAAAAACGUGGAGAUUUAUGGGGUUGUGAUAGGCUUAUUUUUACUGCAGAUGACAUCAUUAGCGUCUCUUUGGAAUAUUAUCCUCUAUACGAGCAGCUGAUGGCAAAAUCUUUUUCUAUUAAGUCUCACAAGCGCUACUUUAGAUGCCCUGGUGCUUUGAAAGUUUACCACUUGAAAAAACUGCUUUGUGCUAAAUAUAAUCUUGAAUCAAAUAUGAUUGAUGUAUUGUAUAAAGAUGACAUUCUCAAAAAUGAGUACACACUUGUUGAUCUAGCAUAUAUAUAUCCAUGGAAAAGGAGUGAACCAAUGCGGUUAUUUUUUAAAACUUCAAACGAUUCCAUCUGCAACUCAAAAACUUGGGAAUUUCCAUCACUAGAAAACGACAAGCAGAUUUUCAUACCUUCAGAGACCAAUAUUUCUCCUCCUUGCUCUGCCAUUAAAUUGGAAUCCCCGACUCCCUCCAUGGCAACUGCACCUUCGUCACGCCAUCCCUCAGGUCCACCCUCUCCAAAAAUGGCCGAAGAGCCCAAAGAAAUCAGCUUAGAAAAACCAAAUUGUGCUGCAAUGCAAACUCCUAACAGUCCCCAAUUCCAACCAAAAGUAGUCUUAGAGCAUAAGUUAAAGAGUGCCCUUAAAAAACCUGUACAUAAUUCCAACUCUUCCGUUAUUCCAGAACUUCCAGACGUUGAUACCUUAAAAGAAAAAUUUCUAAAUAAAGUUAACUUACCAUCUCAUAGGACUUCCAGAGGUGAUCUACUUUCUGUUAAUGGUUUUCAGAAGAAAAAGAAAGUCACUUUCAGUCCAGAUCUAGUUCAAGACUCUUAUCGUAAUAUUCCAUUUAGGCACAAGCUUCCAAAGUGCAAAGACAGAAAUCUGAUUAAACUCAAAUCUCCCGAUGGCACCACCCUACGCAGUGUUAUUCAGAUGAGGAAUAAGGUGCUGUCUAACAAAAGUUCCUGACCUAUUAAAUGGUUUUUUUUUUCUAUUGACCAAACAUUCAUGUACCAGAAUUAAUCGCCAUAUUUCUUGUCAUAAUUGUUCCUAAAAUGUGUGUUCAAUCACUUAAAAAUUUUCAUAACCAUAAAGGUUUUAAUGUAGUUAAUUUAAUGAUGAUUUUUAAUUAUUAUUAUUUAAAUAUUAUCUAUGUAUCGCAAAAACAACUCUACAAUUUUCUGGUUGACUACUCAUUUGGUUUUCUAAUUUAAUUUAUAAAUAUAGGUUUUGUACUUAAAAAAUUCCCUAUUUGUGGAAUAGUCUGCAUAUGAUUUUUUUUCUGUUAAAAAUAUACUCUUAUUCUUAAAAUCUAUCAUUUUUCCGCCUAUAUACCCAUAGGGCUCAUUAUUAUCAGACUCAUAAGUUUUAAGAAUGUAUACAAUACAAUAUAUACAACUUAUUAAAUUUAAUAGUUUUUUUAUUAAAUCAUUUUAUUUUAUUAAGAGUACUUAAUUUUAUGCAGUAGAAAAAUUUAAAGCCUUUGUUUCUUGCAUGAUAUAUCUCUUUAAUUUUUAUAACUUCUUUUUCUUUCAAAUUAAAAUAAAAUUCUUAAUGUAAAUAAAAGUUAAGUAAGUUAUGGCAUCUAACCAUUCACUAUCUUCUAUAAGUGAGAAAAUGCUUGAAAAAUUUAUCAAUAUUCAAGCUUUUGUCCCUAUGCAUGCUUUUUGUUAUUUCUGCAAGCUAAGUUAGAAUAACAGAAAAUUUCCAAAAUAUACUUUCUGAUACUUUUUUAUUUAUUUUUUUCAGUUUUAUAUGACUAAUUUUCAUUUCCCUCAAUUUAGAUGAAAAUUUUUACACAUAAAGG